AUGAAGGGAAAGUACUUACUAGGUAAUGACAACACAACAGAAGAAAACUUAGGUUACAAUGAUGAAACGUUGUCGACAACAUAUUCGGAAAAUAAAGCUUUAACAAACAAGGAGAAGAAAAAACUAGAAUACGAAGAAAGAAUGAGGAAAAAAAGAGAAAGACAGUUAAAAAGAGUAAAAAAAAUAAUUACAAAAAGUAAUUUAACUUCGCUAAAUGUCCUAAAAAAUGAAUUACUAAUUGACAUCCCAAACACUAUCCUUAAUGGAGCAGUUGAACCAACGAAUACUCUGCUAAAAGGAAAAAAUGACCAAAAUGCAAAUUCAAAAAAUGUUAAUACAAGUAUAAUAAAAAAAGUAAAUGAUAAUUUAAACGAACCAGAAAAACAAGAAGAUGAAAGGAAUAGAUUAAUUAAAACAGAAAUAGAAAAAAAAAACGGCAAAUAUAAAAAAUUGUGUUUUAUGGAAAAUAUAUCGAAAAAGAAACUGAUGAAAAAAUUAAAAUAUAAACAAAAACAAGACAAAGAGGCAGAAAAGGAAAAGUUGUUAAAAAGUAUAGAACAAUACAGAUUAAACAAUAACGAACGUAAUUUUAUCAUUCAGUUUAACACAAACAAUAAAAAUCAAAACCAAGAAGGUUUAGAAAAAUUAUUUCAGACAUAUAAAGAUAUGAAAAUUGAUUUGCCAAAUAAUUUAAGAAUAAUAAAAAACAAACUACAAAAAAAAAAAAAAAAAUUUUUGGAAUGCAAAAAAAGAAAUCAAGCACAAGCAACUUCUCGACAUGAUGACGUCGAAAAGAAACCCAAAGUACUGAAAAACGAGCAUCAUCAAAUGGAUGAAAAUGAACAUGUUCUUUCUCAUCCUGUUGUAGAAUAUGGUUCUAAUAUAAAGUCAUUAACAAAUGAAGGAAAUUAUGCUGAGGAUUUAAAGGAUCAUAAUCCUGAAAAUGUGCUUAGCAGUAGUAGCCACCUUUAUAUAAAUGAAAAUCCUCACAAAGGGGCGUACAAUGAUGAAAAGUAUGACUAUGAAAUAAUUGACAUUGUAGAGGCCGACAAUUCUAGUCACGAUAAUGACAGACUGGAUCAUGUGAACAGAGGUGGUGAUGAAAAUAUUAAAUCCAAGGACAUUCAAGAGGAGGGAAAAAAUGAAGAAAUGAGAAAAUCUCAGAGCAAAAAAAAGCAGAGUGAAGAAACAAAAACGGAUGAAGAGAAAAGGAAAAUUGUGUACAAAAACGUUAGUAUAAACAGAAAGGACAGCAUAGAAAAGCUAAGACAAGCAUUACCUGUCCUUGGUUACGAACAGGAAAUUAUUGAGGCUAUUUUAAAUUAUGAUGUUGUAUUCAUAAGUGGAGAUACAGGAUGUGGUAAAUCCACGCAAAUUCCACAAUUUGUAUAUGAACACGGUUUUUGCACAAAUGAUUAUCUUAUCGGUGUCACAGAACCGAGAAAAAUAGCUGUUAAAAGCAUUUCGAACAGAUUAAAUGAAGAAUUAAACAUUAACGAUGUAGCUGGGUAUCAAAUAAGAUUUGAAAAAUCGCAUUUUUUAAAAAACAGUAAAAUAAAAGUUAUGACGGAAGGUAUAUUACUAAAAGAAAUUAUGAACGACUUUAUUUUAUCCAAAUAUAGUGUUAUCAUCCUGGAUGAAGCACAUGAAAGAAGUAUAAACAUGGAUUUAAUUUUAGGUCUCCUAUCUAUAAUUUGUAAAAUCAGAAAAAACAACUAUUUUGCAUAUAAAUCAAAUAUGAUUCCAAUUAAAGUUAUUAUUAUGUCUGCAACCAUUGAUGAAAUCAACUUUUUUGAAAAUCAAAUUUUUACAAAUUAUACAUCCAUCAACAUUCCAACGGAAAAGGUUCCAGUGGUAGAUCACUUUCUCUCCUACACCCCAAAAUACUAUAUUGAAGAAGCUAAAAAAAAAGUUAUACAAAUCCAUAAAAAAUUACCACCUGGUAGUAUAUUAGUAUUCUUAACAAGUCAGGAAGAAAUUUAUCAUUUAUAUAAUAUGCUCAAUAAUUUAAAAAUGUCCAAAGAAAAUGCAGAAGAAAAUAUUCAAACCCUUGAUCUAACUAAUGAGGAAAAGAAAAAAAUUCAAGAUGAAAAUAUAUAUUCCUUUGAUUUAAGUGAAGAUGAAAAAAAAGUGAAUGAGGACAAAUGCAGUUUUUUUCUCCGAUCAACUGAUGAAAACAAGGAAAAAAGAAUUAUAUUUGAGGUAUCCGAUGAGGAUGAUGAUGAUGAUGAUAUACCAAUUCACAAUAACUCUUUAGCAAGUAAAACUGAGCAACGUAAAAAUGAUAUCGAUAGGAAGAUAGAAAAUUCCAGAAUAUUGAGUAAUCCAAACAAUAGACAAGCAGACCAAACUGAUAACAAAAUAGAAACAAACAAUUUGGAAAAAACGAAAAACUCGAAUGAUGAUUUCAUUCAUGAAGAAAGUCAGACAAAAAUAUUUAUUGCUGGGGAAGAAGGCUUAAGUUCAACGGGUUAUAUAAGUGAGGAUGACAACUACAGAGAAAAUUCCCACAAUGAUGAUGCUCAAGUGAUGGAUAACAAAUCGGAUAAUGAACAGAGUGAAAACUGUGAGUCAAAUGAAGAUGAUAAUGAGGUGAAAGAAAUAAAACAUCAUCAAAAUGAACACUCAACUGAACAGAAUAAAGAAAAAAAUCCAAAUGAUGUUGAAAUAAAUAAUAAAAAAAAAUGUAAAAAGGAAUCAAGUAUUUGGAAAGGAAGUGACGGAUCAGGUAAACUAAAAAUUUUUAAGCUCUUUGCAAAUUUACCUAUGCACGAACAAAUGCGUUUAUUUAAAAACCCGAAGGACAAUGAACGUAUUUGCAUUUUAAGUACAAAUAUAGCAGAAACAUCCAUUACUUUGCCAAAUAUUCGCUAUGUUGUUGACUGUGGAAAAGAGAAGAGAAAAAUGUACUCAACGCUAAAUGAUUAUUCAUACUAUAUUAUUGAUAACAUAAGUAAAAGUUCUUCACUUCAGAGAAAAGGAAGAGCUGGUAGAAUUUUACAUUUGUUAAAAAAAAAUAAAAAAAAUAAAAAGAAAAUAGAAACGGAAAAAGGACAUGUGUAUAAAUUAUAUUCUUCAAAUUAUUAUAAUUAUUUUUUCAAAAAGCAUAAUGAUUUCCCAAUUUUAAAUUAUCCACUUGAUUCUUUAAUUUUGUAUUUAUUAAGUUUUAAAAUCAAAAAUGUAGAAAAUUUCCCCUUUAUUAAUAAACCAGAAAAAUGUAAAUUUGAAGAGGCAAAAAAAAGAUUAAUUUAUCUUAAUUGCGUUCAUUUUGGCUACAAAGACAUAGAAUUCCUUUUUAAAGACUUAGGGGAUAAAAUGGCUUCAAAAAAGAGUAUUGAAAAUCAUAUAAACAUGUUUAACCCACAGAAGAAAAGCGGAAUUACUCUUGCGGGAAGUUUCAUUUUGUCCUUACCAAUCAGCACGAGAUAUGCUAAAAUUUUAACCGACGUUUGUUUAAAAUCAUUAGCUAUUAACCACACCAGCUCAAUUCCCUUAGCAUGUCUUUUAGUCUCGUGCUUAUAUUUAGAGUCUAUUUUCUCCUAUGAUUACAAGCUCAAAGUCAAGUAUGGCAAACGAGGAAAAAAAAAGAAAAGAAAUCUAAAUGAAAACAAUACUUGUAAUAAUAGUCAAAUGAACGGUAAAAACGACAUCCAUAGAAGUAAUUCUAAUUUAGUAAAUUUAAUUUUUAAAAAGAAUGCAGAACAUGAAGUUCAAACUGAUAGGGAUAGUAGCUCCUCUUCCGAUUUAUCUUCCGAUGAUACAUACCUAGACGAGGAAACCUUGUCAGAAGAUGGAUACAGCAAUAACAAAACAAGUGAUAACCUCCUUGAUAAUUUUAAAUUAAAAUUCGAUAAUGACAUUGACUUUUAUCUGAACAUAUGUAUCUCCUUUUAUUUUUCAAAAGAGAAAAAUCAUUUUUGUAGUAUUAUGCAGCUGGACCAAAAAAAAAUGGAAGAAUUGAUUAAAUUGUCGAAUCAUUUAAUGAAAAUAAUAAAUUACAAAUUUAACAAAAAUAUUAAUUUUGAUUUUUUAGAUAAAAACCCAUCAGAUUUAUCGAAAAAAAUAAUCCACUAUGCAGUUAUUCAAGGAUUUAUAGAUCAUCUAGCAAUCCGUUCUGACCUAAUACAUAACAAUUAUACAAGAAAUUCAAAUUUAAGUUCUAAUAAAAAAAAUGCCUAUUUCUCGCAAAAUAUGAACACCCCAAUAUAUAUAAAUUCCACUUCAUUAUUGUAUAAAAACAGGCCUUAUCCAAAAUAUAUACUGUAUAAUUAUAUAAUGAAGAACAAAAAGUCUUACGUUAUGUAUGAUUGUCUACGUAUAAACGAGUCAGACCUAGGAAAAAUGAAAAAUGUUUGUAUUUAUAUUAAUGAAUAUGAAAAAAUACCACCAGCUAAAUAUGAUAUGACAAGAGAUAAAAUUGUCGUUUGUGUAAAACCGUUAUAUUUACCAUGCUCGCAUUAUUUACCCAUGACAGUAAAGGAGUUAAAUGAGAAUGAUUUGUUGUUUUAUAACUACUUUGCUUUGUUUAUAUUAGAUGGAUCCAUGUUUUCAAAAAUGUCAUCGUUCCAUGUUUAUUACACCCAUUCAUAUAAUGACAUUAUCACAUGCAACAAUCAACAUGUAAAGCAGUUUAUAGAUGCCCUAAAGGACAACAGAAUAAGUAGUAGGUUGACCUUAAUUAAUAAAUGGAAAAUUCAGAGCGAUUUUUUAAAGCAAGAAUUCAUAUCGCUCAUUGGAAAAAAAAUUAGUGUACAUAAUGAACAACAUAUCGAUAAAUUGUGGCCCCCUUUAGACUGA